UGUUAGAGCCUAGGUGCUACAACCAAGUGCGCCAUCUACUGUUGUGGCAGCAUCAAUUUAAUGAAACUUCCAAGUUCAUAUUCCUUUAUUUAUGGCAUAAUGUGUUGUGGUUGUUUCCAUUGAUUAUUUGCCCAUUGAUGCCACAGUAUUCGUAAUCAGUUGCGAGGAGGGGGGAUAGGAAAAAAUAAUUAAGACUAAACCAGCACACAUUGACGUCUUUUUCUGAGCUCCACCCCCAAAUGCAACGCGGACAAGCCCUGGGAAUCUCCAGCCUGCACUUGUACACGGGCGUAAAUAAAGGAUUUUGGGCAGGCCAACAACACUGAGCCCACCCAACGCCACUUCUUCGAAUACAGCAGACGAUUUUGUGGGCUAUUUGCUGUACUCUGACUGUUUUACAUCGCACAGGGAAGGCGACAACAUAUAACCAAGUGGACUUUCUCUGAUGGUAGAACACAAAACCAAGAAUUUAUUUUAGCUAUAACGUUAGCUGUCACAUACUAUCAUAGCAGGCUAGUAUUCUGCUAGCCUGCUAGAUAAAGACAUCAGUUCAGAUCAAAUCUACACGUAACUAAGUUAUUACUAACUGACAGGCUGAAAUCGUCUAUGUGUAAAACUGCAUUGAAAUCCUAAUCAAUGGCUGUCAUUAUGCAUGACUAAUUUCUCACAUUCUGCUGUAUUUAUUCUACAUAGCUAGGGGGACAAUCUCCUUUAUGGUAUUGCUAAAUCGACUUGAACAAAUGUGAAUCGUCGUCUGUUGCUACGGGUACACAAAGAAAAUAGGCAGGUUUGUUAUUUUGUCUUUGUUGGCCUUUUGUAAGACAUAUCAAGCAUCAUAUACCAUAAAGUGGUGUCGAUAGUGGUUGAUACUAAGCAAGCUGUAAGUUAAACGAGACGGCUUGAGCCUAAAUUAUUCAAAGGAACGAAAUGAACUCCGAAGAAGCUGCCGCUCCAGCCAAAAUCGUCACGGAUGAAGACGGCAUGUCAUGGUGGUACAGAUGGCUCUGCAAAAUCGCUGGAGUCUUAGGAGGAAUAUCCUGUGCGAUAGCAGGUGUGUGGAACUGUGUGACGGUGAAUCCCCUUAACAUUGCAGCCGGAGUCUGGAUGGUGUUGAAUGCGUUUGUGCUGUUCCUGUGUGAGGUGCCGUUCUGCUGUCAGUUCAUAGAGUUUGCCAAUGCCGUGGCGGCACGCGCCGAUAAGCUCAAGCCCUGGCAGAAAGCUCUCUUCUACUGCGGGAUGGCCUUAUUCCCAGUGGUGCUGAAGAUCUCCUUCACCACUGUGUGCGGCAAUGCCAUCGCCUUUGCCACAGGGGUCCUCUACGGCCUUGCAUCACUCGGCAAGAAGGGAGACGCAGUGAGCUAUGCUCGUCUGCAGCACCAGAAGCAGGGGGAUGAGGAGAAGCAGGCGGGGUUGGCGGAUGAUGGAACACAGUGACCACCUCUCAGCCUCCUGACCCAUCAUUCCAGCUCCCUCCCCUCUGUCCCUUCCCAUCCUUCUUAUCCCUUCUUUCCCCCUCUCCUCUCCUCCCCCCUCUGUCUCUCUUUUGUGUUCUUGGUUUUAUUUAUUGACUAUUGAAGACUGCUGCACCUUUGUUAUCUUGUCCUAGAGUCUGGGCAAAGGUUUGAUUUGUGUUGAUGUUUGUAGCUCUAGAGCCAAGUCUCUACUAGACUAGAACUGUGACUUUAUUUUGUUUUUACUUUCUGAACUGGAUUUAAGCUCUCUUAUUUUAAGAUAAUUUCAUGUUUGUUUUAUGUCAUUAUCCUUAAGGGAUGCCUGGCAUCCAUUGUUGACCAGUGUAUUUGAUGUUAGAUGCCAUUGUCAGGCCUUUGUUGGUUUGUUUCGCGAGAUGUGUGGAAUCGCAAAACACUCCUCCUACCUAACCUCAGCCUUCCCCUGCUAGAUUAGUGCUAACACAAAUUAGACAUUAAAUCCCUGUAGAAACCUAACAGUAAGGGUCAAUAGUAAUCUAGCAAAGGUGCAGUCUUUGAUUAUGAUUCAUUACAUUGAAAAUUCAUCAGAUUCAGCACAGUUCUCCAGCGGUCCUUCCAGUGUGUGCACAGACUCCAGUGCGUGAGCUCAGGAACACUGUACCCAGUCCUAGCUCUGUAAAUAGGAAACAAAACAACAAGAGGUGCUCGUACGCCAGUGUUUCUUCGGUAGCACGGAAGGGAGAGGUGCGCUAUCAACAAACCUUUCACCAAGGUUGAGGACUGCACUUUUAAGUUAAAUCAGUGCUCCUAAAUAUCUAGUUAAUCAGGGCUUAAUCAAUGCUUAUGCAGCCAAUCAGUGUAGCUAGGUCUGGAUGCAUUCUUUUGCAUCCACAGCGACAACAAGCUUAGCCACUGCAGGUACUGGGAACUUUGGCCAUCGGGAGCUUUUUGUCUUCUCCCACAGUUCUCUAUUCGGUACACCCAAAGAUGGCAGGAGCUUUAUAUUGUUACUCUCUGUUUAUCAUUCUCUCAGUGUUGAAUUUUUUUUAUGACUAUUUAUUCUACCGAUUUUACCAUUAUAAAGUGAAAAUGUGUUUCGAUCAAGAGGCAUGGCACGUAUGGUCCUGUGACAAGUUAGUGGCUGUCCAUGGCUUACGUCCUGGCGAGUUGCUAGAGCAAUCUAAGGCGGCCCUGAAAGACAAAAGUCAUAUUCAAGUGAUUAAACAUGGGGAUCUUAUAGAGCUGAAGUCAGCUGAGACUGAGAGGAGAGAGGAAAUAGGUGGAAUGUAAGCGAAUGUGUUUUAAUGCCUUUUUUUCUCUCUCGGUCUUAUUCCCUACAUGGCUCUUACCUUCCUUCUCUCCGUACGGUGUUGAAACUGAAACGGUUGACAUCUCCAGAAAUGUCAAUAUUGACAGUCACCAAAAUGUUACCAAGGGAAAGAGCAAACACCUGGAUAAGACUCUGUGAUCCGGCCAUCAGAUCCUGCCUACUUUGGGUUAAAAACUCCAUGGAUUCUGUUAAACUCGAUGAAUCGUUGAACUUUAUGAACUGGAAUGUUUUGUGUGUCUGUUACAUGGUUGUAGCUUGUAGCUUGACGGGUGGAAAAUGUGACCUUGAGGAUUUUUUUGCAGUUCUCGCACCUCUUUCAGGGAUUUUGUGCGUUUGUGUGUGACUUUUCUGUGGGGGAAAAUGAGAGAUUACCCAUACAGCCUUCCUUUUGUCGAAGCAGAGGUCCUCAGCUGCAGUUAAGAAGGGCUUUAUAGUGAACUGAGUGAGAGAGCAGAGUAGCAGGGGACUACUUAAUCUUAUGAUUUCUAAUGUGAACUUGAGGUACUUCAAGUUGUCGUUUAUUCGUAGAAAAUAUGAGCCAGUUGUCUUGCAUGCAGUGCUUUUAAGUCAUGUGAGAGAACAUAGGGAAACAAGGUUCCAUCCUUUACCUGUGUUCUCUUGCUCUUUGUCUUGGUUCUUGUUCUCUCGCCCCCAGACAACCAGCACCGUAGAUACCAGCAGUGCAGAGAUUCAGCUUUCAGGAACCACUUUCCUGACGAGUUCUAUCUACAGUACACUCACACAACAGGGUUUCUGCAUAACAGUUUAAACUGUCAGGUAUGACAAAAAACCUUAAGCCUGUCGUAUAACAAAAAUCACUAAUAAGUUCAAACCUCUGCCUCGUAUUGAGGGUAGACCACUCUUUCGGUUUUUACACAUACACAACACUACAGUGAAGGCUUUACCUCUUCAGGUUCUCUUUGUUAGUUUUUUCCCCUUUCGGAUUUAUACAUAGUGGGCAUUGUGGAGCAGUGGUAAUGUCAUUGGCAACUGGUCGACCUGGGUUUGAUUCCUGAUCCUACCGUUGUGGAUCUAUGUUGCUUUGGAUAAAAGCAUCUGCUAAAUACCAGUAGACUUUAACUUUAAUCAAGGCAAUUGGUUAUUUUUUUCUUUGUUUUUGAGGUGAACAGAGUCACAUUAAGGAAUAUAUAGCCCAGCAUUUGCCUUGAUGCAUGUGUGUACCAAAUUAUACUGUGAAUGUUAUGGUCUGAUGCACCAAACAGUUUUGAGCUUUGUCAGCUUAACUUGUUCAUUUACUCUAUUUAAGGUUUAGUCUUGAACUCGACACCAGUCCUAUAAAACUUCCGUUUCCAGAACCACACAAAUCUGCACUACAUUUUUAAUGUCAACUUAAGACAACCUGCCUCAAUGUUCUGUACAGAAUCUUCACUGGGAAAGGACAUUUGAAUAUUCAGUUUUUAAUCGGAUGUCUUUGUAUCUAUGUAAUUGGCUUUAUUGGCAUCUUGUACCUUACAAUCUGAAAAAUGGGAAUAUCUCACACUUAGAUGAGGGAACUAGAGGCAAUAGUUUGCUUAAGCAGACUGUGCAAACUAUGGAUGUGUAUGGAGAGGCAUAAUCUAUUCCAAUCGUAAUCAUGCAACAGUGGUAAAGUUAGAGGGUAAAUGAAAACUACUUAUUCAAUUUAUAAUGGGUCAUUGUGAAUACUCUGAAAAGUACUUUCUAGCUCCUCAAAUAGUUAGUAGGUUACUGUACUUUUCAUCCUGGUUUUCAGGCACCGUCAGAGCUAGAUUGGAGCAGAUGCUUAAUAAGUAUCUUGGGUCAGACAAUGCAAGAAGAAAGGCCUAGAAUUUUCUAUCUCAGCUUCUGAUACUUGAUUGACACACUUUCCAGGCUAACCUCAAACCAUCUUGCACUCUACUGUCCGCCACCUCUAUAUUUGCUGCAAGGUGUGUGUGUGUGUGUGUGUGUGUGUGCGCAUGCGCUUGUAGGUGUAGCUGUUAACUCAGAAAUGGAGUGGUUUUGUGUUCGGUUUGUUUCUAAAUUGAUGAAUUGAAAUGCUUGAUUGUACAAAAAUUCUCACUUCUGUUUGUCUUUGUUUGCCCUGAAUGACUGAAAAAAAUAAACCAUCCUGCAUUUUUAAGACCUA